AUGUUUAUGAACCCGAACAAACCAAAGAUCAGGACGAAGACGGUGACUGUGAAGAAACCCGCCCCCGCCACCGCAGCCUCGUCGCCGCGAACGCCCUCCACAGCGCAAUCACGCCCCGCCCUCCCGAUCAACAGCCGCAGUUUUUCGGGGCCGCCUGCGAAUCGCUACAAAGUCACGUCAUCUGCGUCUGCGUCUGCGUCUGCGCAAACAAAGCCGCGCGAACCCGCGCGGCGGUCGCUUGCCGUGUCGCACGUGCAGAAGCGCAAGGUCUCCCCGAGCACUCCACAAUGGGCGAGCAGCGAUGACGAGAGCGAAGAGGAGGAUGACCGGUUAGGGAAGAGGCGGAAAACGCGACCAGCUAGUAACAGCAGCGAGCCGAUGAACCUGAACCGCACCCUCGAGCCGGACUUGAGCAGGCGCAUUCGGAUCCAAGAGCCGGAAACAAACGGAGAAACAAAUGUCACAUCAGAUAAGACGUUGGAGAAUGGCGCAUCGUCGGGGAAGAAGACGGGCGCCAAGAGGGGCAGCCUGCUCCAGGGCAUGAUGAUGUCGCGUGGUGACGAGGCGAAGAACUACAAGGCUGCAUUCACGGGGUGCGAAAAGAACCCAAUACUGGAGCUGCAAUAUCCGAGUCCCACACGACCAGAACGAUUCGAGGCCGUCCAUCCGCUAGACGCGCAAGAAGGAUACAGCCCGCUGGAAGACAUAUACUUUAGCAUCGAGGAGAUCAUACAACACUACCUCCCGACCGAUCUCGGGAACGAGUUGUCGUCCGACACUGAGGGCACCGUCCGCCUGCUCAAGCGCGCCGUGUCAAAGAACUCCCCCGACGAUUUCAAAACCGAACUCGCCAAAUUCAACGCUCUCAUCAAGGACAAACUAAGCGAUGGAACAAUACAACGCAUCAUGGACGAGAUGCAUGCGAUACCUCUCAGCCUCGUCAAGCGCAUCACUGCACAGUCCUACAACCGCAUCGUCUCCCCGCAAGCUCACCGCCUACGCAAAGUCAAAGGCAAAGAAACCACCUACGGCGAACUCUUAACUCCCUUCGUCCACAAAAUCUUUGCGCAAACUGGUCUCAACUCAUCGCACGUCUUUGUAGACCUGGGCUCCGGCGUCGGCAACGUUGUCCUGCAAGCCGCCCUCCAGACCGGCGCCGAAUCCUGGGGUAUCGAGAAAAUGGAACUUGCCGCCUCGCUCGGCUCCAAACAAGCUUCCGAAAUCCAGGCCCGCGCUCGCCUGUGGAACAUCCACCUCGGCGCCAUACACCUCAUCUCGGGCGACUUUCUCGAGACACCUGAAAUCGAUGAGGUUUUGCGCCGCGCUGACGUUGUGCUUGUCAACAACAAAGUCUUCGGCGAGAAGCUCAACAACGACCUCCUGCAGAAAUUCCUCGACUUGAAAGAUGGCUGCAAAGUCGUUAGUCUGGAGAGUUUUGGCGGCGGCGCAAAACAGGGCGUUAGGCAUGAACAAGCUAUUGCUGGCCUUUUUGACGAGGAGAGGUUUGAGAGCGGGACGUUUAGUGUCAGUUGGGUUGGGGAGAGCGUCGAGUAUUACAUUGCAACCAAGGCACGAUGAGGAGUGCCUCGUAGCAACUUUGAAGCCUUCACUGAUGUAAGAGUUGUAGCUUGAUUCGGCGGCGCAUCAUCUUGGCGGUCUCAUGGUGUUGCGGAAUCUCCGGCGACGCUGGUUCUAUGUGCAUUAGAGGGGAUGGGUAUAUACUUCAGCGUUGCCUUGGCAUCUGCUAAUUUGGAUUGUACUUGGGUUCUUGUGGGAGCAGGUGGGCUAUCAAUACCCUGGCAUUCAUACGGAGUCUUUCUUUGUAGGUGGGGUUGGCGGGCUAGACUGUACAGCUUAUUUCUGAGCGGCUUGAGGUUGGCUCAGCAAAUACAUCAAUCACUUCAUCAUG